GGAAAGCGUGGCCAGCUUCCUCAGACAUCCAGCAAGUGCACAACCAUGUCUAUGGAGAAGAUGACAAAAGUGGAGAAGAAUUUGCAAAGGGCCGUGGGACUUCUGAAGACAGUCAACAGGUGGCAAAAUUUACAUACUCACUGUAUGUGGCAGAUGACACUGAGCCAGCGGAGAAACCCAUAUGCCGCCCUAAGGAUGCAGGAUGCUGUGGUACAGGAGUUGGCACUGGCCAGCAAACAGUUACUGAUGGCCCGUCGAGUCAGCCUGCACCAGCUGUUUGAACAGGAGCAUCAGCAGUACCAGCAGGAACUAAGGCAGAUGGGCAAGGCUUUUUACGUGGAGAGGCUCUGACAUUCCCACCAGGCCUGCUUGCUUACCCUUUUUCAGUUUCUAACCACCUUGAACUUCCCAAAAGACCUGGACCCUGGGACUCAACACUUGUCAACUGCACGCCACCACCGACCAAAAACUAGUGGAAACGAGUGACGCCUGGUGGUCAGGGGAGGAUGUGCACUGGCAAUGUAAGGUGGAAGAGGGGUGGACAAUGUGGAUUAAA